CGGGAGCUUAAUCGUGUUUUUCCGGGACGUAAUCGUCGUUGAAAAUGGCUUCUUUGGACAGAGUCAAAGUGUUAGUUUUGGGAGAUUCAGGUGUGGGGAAGUCCUCGCUGGUCCAUCUGCUGUGUCAGAAUCAGGUGUUAGGAAAUCCAUCAUGGACUGUAGGCUGCUCUGUGGACGUACGGGUCCAUGACUACAAGGAGGGUACCCCAGAGGAGAAGACCUUCUACAUUGAACUCUGGGAUGUCGGGGGGUCUGUUGGCAGUGCAAGUAGUGUCAAAAGCACCAGAGCAGUUUUCUAUAAUUCAGUAAAUGGUAUUAUAUUGGUACAUGACUUGACAAACAAGAAAUCAUCCCAGAAUCUUUACCGUUGGUCACUUGAAGCCUUAAACAAAGACUCUUCUCCAACAGGCGUCAUAGUCUCAAAUGGUGACUAUGACAGAGAGCAGUUUGCUGAGAACGCAGUACCCUUGCUGCUGAUUGGCACCAAGUUUGACCAGAUUCCAGACAACAAACGCAAUGAUGUCCUCACACGCACAGCAUUCCUAUCUGAAGAUUUUAACGCGGAGGAGAUCAACCUGGACUGCACCAACCCGAGGUAUCUUGCUGCGGGUACGUCAAAUGCAGUGAAGCUGAGCCGGUUCUUUGACAAGGUCAUUGAGAAGAGAUACACAAGAGAUGCAAGCCAGAUUGCAGGUUUCACCGACAGGAAGCGAUUCAAUUUCAAAAGCUUGCACUAUGACUGACAGACCAUCUCUACUACUGCAGUGGUCUGUGGUCUGAGCUGGAGCACAGGGUCGCCACAACGGAUUUGAUGGUUUCCAUCGGUACCCUGUGAGGGCACAGCACUGAUGGCAGUCAUUGUUAACCCGGGCCUUGACCGAUCCGGUAUGGUCUUGUCAAUCCACAUAAUGAUUUGGCAAAAUUUUACAUUGGAUGCCCUUCCUGACACAUCCACUAACCCUAUGGACGGGGACCCAGGUAAAGCGCCGGAUGCCAUCCCAGUAUUCAUGGACUUGCGCCCAUGUCUGUCGCCAUAGAAAGAUUAGAUAAUAUAAUACAUAAACUAUAUUAUAAG